AAAUACAUAAAAGUAAAUGUUUGUUGAGAAAAAAUGAAGAAGAUGACGAUACACGUUCUUGAUCGAAACACGGCGAUACAAUUAGGUGUAUGUGUGAAUGGGAAAACCCUGUGGGGACUUUUCAAAAUUCUCAUUCUGUAGGGUGGUACCUCCCAAACUUCUCGUCAUACCAAAUAGCCGCAUGCUAUGGUACCCGCCACCUUCAUAUAUAACCCAACACCAAUUCUCACCAAACCAUGCUCCUUUCAUCAUUUGAAUCAUAUUGCUCUCUCUCUCUGCGUUAGUUGUAUCGCACACCAUCACAUGAUCAUAAAAUUGCCCUUCAUUUAUCAGAAGAAGAAGCUAGGUAGCUACUAAAAACGGAAACCUCAGGGUUAUGUGAAAAAAGCAAGAGAUGUUUCAGAGUCCCAGAAAGUUUGUGACGCCCUUUACUAAAUGGGUUUCUGAUCUUAAUUGGCGUUUAGGUUUAACUGGGUUGAUCAUCCCUCUGGUUUUAUUCAUCACGUUCUUCUCUCUGCAUUAUUCAUCCACUUCAAACGGUUUUUCAGCCUUUUACCCUGUUCAGCAGUUUCUCUUCAACAUCCCUUUUAAGUUUAUCUGCGAGGACGAUCCUGUUAUUUCCAAGGAUGAAUUGUUGCGGUCGAAAAUUGCGGUGUGUUUGGUAGGUGGUGCCAGAAGGUUCGAACUCACGGGACCUUCCAUAAUCGAAAUGGUGCUCAAAGAAUACCCCAAUUCGGAUCUUUUUCUUCACAGCCCGUUAGAUAAAGACACGUUCAAGUUCUCGAUCUUGAAGUUUGCGCCAAACGUCGCCGCCGUUCGAAUCUUCCACCCCCAACCGUUGCCGGAGAACGAGCCGUAUGUUCGAGUCCUCACCGCGCAUAACUCGCCUAACGGAAUCCAGGGGCUUCUUCAGUACUUUAACCUAGUGGAGGGAUGCCUAACGAUGAUAAAAUCACACCAACAGAAGCACAACUUCACGUACGAUUGGAUAAUCCGAACACGUGUGGACGGGUACUGGAACGCGCCGUUGGGUCCCGAAAACUUCGUUCCGGGAAAAUACCUGGUCCCACCGGGCUCCUCGUACGGAGGACUCAACGACCGUUUAGGAAUCGGCGACCUCAGAACCUCGACGGUGGCACUGUCGCGUCUCUCUUUAGUUCCAAACCUCGAUUCCGCUGGCUUCAACAACCUCAACUCGGAGGCAGCGUUCAAGGCCCAACUCACCACGCUGAACGUGAGCCACGUGGCGAAACGACUCCCGUUCUGCGUCGUUUCGGACCGCAGGUACGAUUUUCCGCCGGGGCGGUUCGGGGUGCCGGUGGCGGCGCUUUCGAGCCCGGGCCCAUUGAGUGGGGCCAAGUGCAGGCCGUGCAGGCCGGCGUGUGAGGGUUUGUGCGUGGAGACUGUGAUGGAUAACGUUGAGAAGGAGUGGAGUUGGACCCAUUGGGAAAACGGUGCGCUUCAGCUCUGCGACGCACACGAUGCCUGGGAGAGUGGUUGGGAGAAGAUUUUUGACCGGUUUUCUGGGAACAAAUUUGCGGCGGCUAGGAAGCGAAUUCACUCUAUGAGAAUGGGGGAGUGCGUUAAGGAUUUUGUUCAGUUGAGGAAACGGAGUGCGCAUUGGAGUGCGCCUCCGGUGGAUGAGAUUUGUACAUUGGGUUUGAGUCCACCGUGAACACCUUUUCUUUCUUUCUUUUUCCUUUUUAUUCUUUCCAUCGUUUGCAGGUACAGUGCACACAAUUUAGUAAAGUGAUUACUGUGUUUUCUUCAUGAAAAGUUGGCAGAAAUAGGAGAAAUAUCAUUUUUUUUUCGAAAUUUAAA